AAUAUAAUUGUAGUAAAAAAUAUUAUAAACUGAAAUGAAUGAAUUUAAAUUGCCUAAAGCUCCUAAUGGAGUAUCUGUUGCUGCUACAUGCCUUGCAGCGGUCGGCGUAACGGGUUAUGGCGUUUGGAAAUCUAUGUACACAGUGGAAGCUGGUCAUAGAGCAAUUAUAUUCUCACGUUUAGGAGGAAUUCAACAAGAUAUUUUAACUGAAGGUCUUCAUUUUCGUAUUCCAUGGUUUCAUUGGCCAAUUAUUUAUGAUAUUAGAAGUAGGCCUAGAAAAUUAUCUUCACCUACAGGAUCCAAAGAUUUACAAAUGGUCAAUAUUUCUCUUCGUGUGCUUUCUCGUCCUGAUGCACAAAGUUUACCUACAAUGUAUCGUCAGUUAGGUCUUGAUUAUGAUGAAAAGGUUUUACCAAGUAUUUGUAAUGAAGUACUAAAAUCAGUUGUUGCAAAGUUUAAUGCAUCUCAACUAAUUACACAAAGGCAGCAGGUGUCAAAUUUAGUAAGAAAAGAAUUAACUGAACGUGCUAGAGAUUUCAACAUUGUUUUAGAUGAUGUAUCAAUAACUGAAUUAAGUUUUGGUAAAGAAUAUACUGCUGCUGUAGAAUCAAAACAAGUUGCUCAACAAGAGGCACAAAGAGCAGCAUUCUUUGUAGAGAAAGCAAAACAAGAAAAACAACAAAAAAUUGUUCAAGCAGAGGGUGAAGCAGAAGCUGCUAAAAUGCUUGGCUUAGCUCUUAGUCAAAAUCCAGGUUAUUUAAAAUUACGAAAAAUUCGUGCAGCACAAAAUAUUUCUCGUACGAUUGCAAACUCUCCAAACCGUUUAUAUCUUAGCGGAAAUGGUUUGAUGUUAAAUAUUCAAGAUCCAUCAUUCGAUGAUUCCUCAGAUAAACUAAAAAGUGAUAAAAGGAUGAUGAGCUGGGAAAACUGGAAUGAUACAAUGCAAAGCGCGGUGAAACAUUUAACGUCUGAGCAACAAACAACAGUGAAAAUCAAUGAAAAACCGUUAAUUAAAUCUUCUGUACCCUCUUCAGAAGAACAAAUAUCUAUUCUGUUGGAUUCUGCAGAUGAUGGAGCAAAGAUGAUUGUUUCUUGAAUUCAAAUUUAAAUUUAAUUUUAUAUUUCGGAAGAGAUUUUGCGAUGCGAGCUCAUCUAUCUCUAAUAUUCCUUACCCUUAAAUCUUAUUACUAUCGUCAAUAGAUAAAAUUUUUUUUAUAUUAUAUUAAGGGAAUUCGUGAAGAUAUCUUAAUAAUUUUUUAAUAAUAAAUUAUUACAAAUUAUCCAUAUAAUUAUCGAAAUAAAGUUUAAUUUACAGUUUA